AUAAAAUUAUAGCAAAAUGUAAGCUCUUAGAAUCUUUGGGAGUGCGAAUUCCAAAUCUGUUUAUUACUGAAGUUCAUAAGAUUCGUGACCCUCUAGCCUUAGAAUUUAUGCUUCAAGACUGUGUGAACCCUGCUAGCCAGAGAUUGGCUGAGUUAUGUUAAGAGCAUGAGUUUAUUGCUUGAGAGUUUAGAUAUAUUUACUCCAGAUUCCUGCUGAAAAGCCAUAGAUACAGUACUUAUGACAUAUUCGGCUGGGAAAACUCAAUUUUACUUAGAAAGUUAUGCUCUUUAGGCAAUUUUUACUAAAGUUAGUUUAGAAAUGAGUGAAACCAUAGUCAUAGCUGCUGGAGGAGCAGGCACCAAUAUCUCGGCGAAGCUUUGGGAAAGUUUACAACAAGAACAAGAGGAUAACCAGGCAUCAGGUUCAGGAUACUGCCCACAGACUUUCUUCCAUGAAACAAGUGAGGGUCUUUAUCGUCCUCGAUCAGUUAUGGUCGAUACAGACCCGAUCGGGAUUGAUCAAGCUAAGGAAUCACUCUCACGUCUUGAUGCAUUCGAUGGUAAAAGCUUGGCUGAGAUAUAGAUGCUUGCUUCAUCUCCGGCUUUGAAAGCUCAGAGUGCCUCUUUCCAAAAGCAACUUAUGAAAUGAAGGACCAUUAUUAUGAUACAUUAUAUGAGACCAUUCAGAAGCAAAUGGAGGCCUGAGACCGGACCCCAAGUCUAUUUAUUUUGAGCUCCUUAUGAGGAGGAGCUGGAUCUGGCAUCUCAACAAAUAUAGUUGAUGAGAUGGACUUGGGAAAAGUCAAUAAGAUUGGUUACAAUCUGGUAGUUCCAGAUACUAACUUGGGAACCCUUAUAGAGCCUUUCAACUGAAUUUUUGGUCUUGCUUACAAAAGUAAAGAGACAAUGUCGAUAAAUAUUGACAAUACUCAGUGUACAAAGAUCCUGAACAAAAUGGGAAUUCUAGAUCCUACAUUUGAUGAGAUCAAUAGUUUGAUUAGUACAAACAUAUUACAGAUUACUGCUCCUUUGAGAUACAAAGAUUCACAGAUUUCCAGCUUUGAGGAGAUAAUUCAUAACACUUGUAGCCACCUGGGAGUAAAUAAGCUGACAACAAGUUUUGCCCCAUUCGUGAGCCAGCUAGAUGAGCCAAUCAGCAGUUGAAGUAUUGAUGAGGUGUAUAAAUCAUGAUUUGGUAGUGAAAACAACUUAGCUUUGGCAUCUCACGCCCAUGAUCCGAUUUCAGUUCAUACGAAUUUCUUGGGUGAUGUUAAAUACCAGGAAGCUACAGAGACUGUUCUUAACUAUCACGACAAGCGUCAGCCAAACCCAGAGAUAGCUACAAAGUACGGGCUGGCUACUUGCAAGCUCCCUCAGAUAGCCUUUACCGAUAAAUUGGUCAAUACUUUGAUGAAUAAGCAUCAAAGCUGCUGCAUGCUGGUCAACUCCAAGGCCAUAGCUCAGAUUAUGGAUAGAAUCAAUACUCAAUGUUUAAAAUUAUAUUCAAGGAGAGCAACAUCCUUCUCCUUAGUAGGUGCAGGUCUUGAGGAAGGACAAAUCACUGAAGCCUGGGAAAUCCUUAAGGAAUUGAUCGAUAAGUAUUAGAUCCCAAAGGUGUCACGGCUAAUGGUUUACUUCCAACCUCUUCCUCAUGGAUGUAUACCUCAUAACUCUUCGUGUAUGAGAGAGACUAUCAGAAUCUUACUCUCGCUUUUAAGGUUCUCCCUUUGGUCUUAUUUAGCUGUGUUUUAUUCUAUUUUGAGGUCA